AUGACUAGUGCAGCAAGUGUCCCACUAGAGGUUAGUUACAUUAUCACUAUAAUCAUCAAUAGCGUUUCUUGUCCCUUCACAGUUUUGCUGAAUGUGCUGAUCGUUAAGGCCGUGAUGACGAGUCCUCGACUCCGAAUCAACUGUAAUUUCUUGCUGGCCUGUUUAGCGGUGACUGACGCAUUGACCGGUCUCUUUGGCCAACCUUCGUAUGUUCUAUGGAGGAUAUUACUUAUAUUCGGUUUCAGUAGCAGUGAAACAGCUAAACACUUCCAUGCUAAUGUUAUGCAUAUUUUAGCAACUGCUUCGUGCCUUCAUCUGAUGUUGAUUACUUUCGAGAGGCUCAUAGCGAUCAAAUUUACAAUGCAAUACUCAAACGUCAUGACAAAUAACAACCUGAAGAUAGCGGUGUCAGCAAUCUGGAUCUUUGGUUUCAUAAAUGGUAUUUUUACAGCGUUAAAAAUAAACCUAGCGCUUUAUUAUAUCGGAAGCCUCAUCACAAUUUCAUGUGUCGUGUUUGUUGCCUUCGCAUAUGUGAUUUUGUAUCAUGAAACCCGCCGCCAUCGAAGGAAGAUAAAAACACAGCAACUGCCCCAAGGGGAAGUGGAAAGAUCUACCAAAGAGAACAAGGCCCUCAAGACAACAGUGUUUGUAGUUGGUGCUGUUAUUGUGAGCCUUCUUCCAGCUGGUUUCUGUUUCAUCGGUUUAGCUAAAGAUCUUUUUGAUACCUGCCCCAUCAAUGAACCACUCUGGCAAACCUGUGUGAUGUUGAACUCACUUGUUAAUCCACUGAUCUACUGCUUUAGACAAAAAGAAAUGAGAAAGGUUGUAUUUAGAAAAAGAACACAGGUCAUAUAUCCAGCCAUGCAGUGUUCAAGGGUAAUGGGUAAAAAGAUUUCAGAAAGUGCUAAUGAUAAUAAUAACUAG